GUGCGUAUCUGAAUUGGACACUCCACACAGCGCAAACGAUGUGAGAACAAGCGGGAGAUGAAUCUAACGAAUUUUUACUCCAAUUUUGGACAUUCAUUUUCAACAAAUCUUUCAAUUUUGGGACCUCAACAUGAGCACAACUGGAGUUUACAGGAGGAUAACAACCCCUACCCGGAAUUGUUCUUAUUUUCGGGACACGAACCGAGCACCAUCGUGUUGGUGGUUAUGUACUCCCUGUCCUUCCUCGCGGGGCUUGGAGGGAACAUUAUGGCUCUCCUGGUCCUCACCCGAAAGAGGACGGGUCUGGCGGGAGUGUCGGCGACCCGCAGACUGCUGGUAAACUUGGCGGUGUGCGACAUGAUGGUGGUGUGUGUGUGCAUGCCAGUUAACCUGGGACUCCAGGUCUACAACGCCUGGGUGUUCGGUGAGUUUCUGUGCCGCACCGUGCCGUUCGUUCAAGCGGUAUCGGUGUCUGCGAGCGUCCUGAGCCUGGCUGUGAUCAGUCUGAACCGCUACUACAGCGUGCACAAUCCUCUCCACGCCCGUUCUUUUUUUACCGGGCGGCGGAUACUGUGUAUGAUCUGUGUGGUGUGGAGCGUGUCGUCGGGGUUGUGCAUACCGCUCCUCUUCAUGAAUACCACCCAGACUCUGUCGCUGCUGGACAUCACCGUCACUGUGUGCGUGGAGAGCUGGAACGAAGUCAAACUGAAACAGAGAUAUAGCUUCCUGCUCUUUUGCUCUCUCUACGGCUUUCCGGUGUUGUUUAACCUGGUUAUAAGCGUGCUGACCGGCUGGAAGCUGUGGGGCACCGACGACAAACGGACGCAAGAUUCAAAUACAUUUGGCGUUAAGCUAUCACUGUCCCGCCUCAAAGUGCGUAAAAGGAUAGCCAAGAUGGUGCUGUCACUAGUUGUGCUUUUCACACUGUCCUGGCUACCUCUGUAUGUAGUGGACAUAUGGUUAGACUUGAACAUGGCUGCAUCUUUAAAGAAUGAGGAUGAUGUGAACCAGGUCAACCACGAGUGGAUUCUUCACGGGAGACCAUUUGCGCUAUGGUUGGGUCUGACCAACUCCGCUCUCAACCCGCUCUGUUAUUGUUUCGUGGGGAAUUUGCACAGGUCUGCGAAACGGUUCAGGAAAAGCUACCGACUGAAACUGUCGUCAGUGUGCAGUCUGUUGCCACAGCAGUCCUCCAUGCCUAUGGGCGGCAUCUCAGUGCCCAAAGUCGUGCCAUAUAGCAGAGCGCAAUCAGUGAAUCGCAGCGCAGAGAUGGGCGCAUCGAGAAAGUACGCCAAUUUAGGCGAUAAACUAACCAAGAGCAAGAGCCUGUCCUCUGUGACAGCGUGUGAGACUGUUUUCGACUGAUUGACAGAGACAACUACCUGGUUACAGGGUGAAGGUCACAGUUAUUUCUCCAAUGGACUGGAAAGCGUUCAUCAUACAGUUCAAAAUGAGAUAUUCUGUGAAAAUCUGUCCCUUUUUCAACGCAACCUCCAAUGCAAAUGGAGAUAUUUGCCAUAAAUGCAAGGAACAGAUUAGAGUGUUGCCCUUUUCAAUAUGAAGUGUAGUGUUGUCUGUAUUAUGGAGUGUGUUGCCGCUUUAAAAACGGCCCAUGAUUCUAGGAUUGUUGAAGAAUCAAACGGUCAAUGUAAAUGAUGAGCAUGUCCAAUACCUAAUGAUUUUUUUGGGACUUGGCUUCACUGAAUCCAAUUUCAAACAGGCUAUUUGAUGUUGUUUUCAUCUGUACAAAAUAAUGUGCAUCUCAUUCGAUUGUGCAUAAUAGGCUAGUUGUCUUUAUAUAGUGAUCCAAAAUGAUUAAUGUAUACAAUGUAUAGACCCUGUUUAAAAACUCGAAUAUAUUUAAUUUACCCUCAAGUCCUAUGAAGUAGAACUCAUCCAUCAACAUUCAAUUCCAUGUCAACGAAAUGAGCUGUAUCCAAAACUUAAACCGUGCCAAUUAUAAAAA